AUGUCACAUAUCGACUGUGGCGUCUUAGGACAUUUUCAAAAUCAAUACUUUCGAUAUCUUGUAUCGAAUCAACAGCGUAUUGAAUUCAUAAAUAAAGAUGUAGACAGGAAAGAGAAGAGAAUUGAUUUAUUGAACAAAUUGACUCAAACGUUCGCCGGUGACCUCGACCUUACCAUUAACCAAACAUUUGCUAUUCAAAUGACGUAA